UCAACUGAUUCGAUUUAUAAUAGUUGGGUAGAGCGUAAUAUUCACGUAAGCAUCACAAAAUAAUACAUUUUGACAGAUUCUCUUCAACUUCGCGGUCUUCAAAAGCAAUGCAAAGUUCUGUUAUGUCUAUAAAUCUAUACUUAGUAAGCCUAUGGUGUUAAUAUCAAUUUAUCAAUAAAUUACUCAAUAUCGUAUAAAAACUGAAUCAAAAUUUCAUUCCCGUGUUUUUUAAAAUCCAAAUUGCUCGUUUAUGGAGAGGCUUCAUUAUCCGAUUCCCUUAAAUCCAAAUGCCAAAUAUCUACCCAAUUCGAUUUCCAAUGUUCUGUACAGCAUUCAGAAAUUUGAUCAAAGUACGCUUGCUUGGCCGACUUGCCAAAGGAAAACGGAUGUCUCUGUUGGGAAAGCGUGCACUUCGCCAUCGGAGGUUCCUUUAGCCGGAAUUGAGUCCUUUGUGGUCCAAAACAGAAGACAAUGUGUAUCCUUAGGUAAUGCUGGGGAAGCCAAGAAGAAUACAUUCUAUCAAAUUGUUCAAGCCAGCCAAGAUCAGCCUUGCUUUCCACAGAGUUCCAGAAUCAAACGUAAAAAUAACGACACCAAAUUCAAAUCGGAUUUUAAGGACGACAUCAUUUACAAUGAUAUAUACGACAUAGUGAGGUCUCAUACUCAGUACAAAAGAUUACCUCAACUUGAAAAGCAACCAAAGCAACAAAAGCCAUUUUCUGCGAGUCCUCCUGUGGUGGAAGUCUAUAAAGUUCGUCCUGUGGCGAUUGAAACCAAAGAAGCUAAAGGCAAAACUUGCAAGUCAAGCGCUAAGGCAAAUGAGCUUCGAGAAACAACUAAUGAGCUUUCGAAUUCAAAAAGGAAAACGUAUCCCUCUAAGCCGAAGCUAACAGAAUCUAAGAGUUCAAAGAAAAAGACAAAAAAACUUAAAGAAAAACUUAUUGAGCCUGCGGACUCAAAAAGGACAAAACAUCCGUCUAAGUCGAAGUUAACAGAAUUAAAGGGUUCGAAGAAAAAGUCAAAUAUACUUCGAGAACAAACGAAUGAGUUUUCGGAUUCAAAAAAGAAAAACGCGCAUCACUCUAAGCCUAAGUUAACAGCAUCAAAGAGUUCAAGGAAACAGUUCUCCAUAAUUCAAACAAGGGAAAAUAAGCAGAAAGCCAAUUCCAAAUCCAAAAAACACAAAACAAUCCAACAGUUAUGGCCAUUACCGGAUAGAGGUAGAGAUAGAAUCCCACAGAGAAGUAUAAAUAACGAAAAACUUUCCGAGAUUAAGUCAAAUUUUUCCACCAUCCAGCUUCCAGAUCAAGAUGGUCAAAAGGUCCAAAGAGACUCCACUGAGGAGCUGGAAAACUUGGAGGAAAAGGUUGAACAGAGAACUGAAAGGACGAGUGAUAUAAAAAGAAAUUCCAAAGAAGAACCUGGCAGGAAAAAAAGAAAGUCCAAAGAGGCUUCUAAACUCAAACCAUUUAAAGCCGAACAAAAUGAUACAAUAUAUAUUGUUCGAGGAAGAAAUUCAAAAGGGAAUUCCGUUGUGCCGCUUUUUAAUAAGCGCUCUGGGCCGGAGAUCUAUAGGAUCAAAGAAAUGCAAUUAAAUCAGUCUAAGAAACACGAAGAAAUCUCCGCAUUGGAACCAAUAAACACAGAUUCUUAUUUUCUGGGAAGGUCAAGAAAGCGGACGUCCACUUUAGGACACCCUAAUAAGAAUAUCUAUACAAUUAGAAAAAAAUCCCUAAUUGAUGAGACACCUGACUUCACACCUGCCAAUAAUAUACAGAAAAAUAUUAAAAAACUGUCAAUCGAAUCUAAUGAGCAGAAAAUCAACAGCAGUUUAGUGCCAGCAAAAGAAAAAAUAGUUUCCAAGUCAAGAAAUUAUAACGCCUUCAAUAGUAUCCUAAAUCUCUUCACAAUUUUCCAGCCAGAAAUAUAAACCGAAGGAUGAAUUUGAAGUGAUCACUGCUUAUAACUCCAUCAUAACUCCAUCUACUGAUGACAUAAGAAGUAAACCAAAAACCACUACUAAU